AUGUAUAGGGCAGUAUGUUGGGGCCCACGAAGCUGCAAACAGCCCCAUCGACAAGCCUCCCAGAUAAAGAGGGUGAUACCUUUGGCCACGGACUUUGGCGGAAAUGUCAAAAUCCUUGGCCUAGCUAUUAAGGAUCUGAAUGACGGCGAUCGAGUUGUUGCUCUUUUCCAACUUGCCUAUGGUCAACGCAUUUGCAAUUUUGGGGAGCUGGGCGUAUCAGUCAAAUGUGCGCAAAUAUAUCAUCAUAUAUCCUCCACACCCGAGUCGGGUGGCACAGGAAGGGGGGGAUAUUACUAUCCAUUCGGGGGAUACCUCUUGUCUAACAUACUCGACCAAAAUAAACAGUUGCAAGCAUUUCCCUUCCUUUGCAAUCAACGAAACGACCAAUAUGGCAGGGAGUUUUGGAGAGAUUACCAAUAUCGAUCGCCGCACCUGUGCACCCCAGCCACACCUUUCACAAUGGAACUAGCGAAGACAGAAGAGGUAGCGCCACAACGGGAGAGCAAGAGUCAGAUUAUUUCGAAGAACAUUCGAAAAGAGUUGCUAGGAAGGACGUGGCAAGCCACCGUUCCGGACGGUUUUGAGGAACGAAGGCUUCCCCGCACACCAUGA